AAUAUCACGUAAUAUGUGGUGUACCAAAAAGUUGAAAUAUUUUUAUUUAUACUGUCUGAUUAGUUAUUUCAUCAACGGACGAGUGAUUAACAUACAAAAUAUAAAUGAGCAUAACCGUAUUAUCUCUACGAUUCUAUUGCAACACAGAUAACGUUAUUUAUUCAAGCGCGAGGACUUAGUCCUAAAAUAUUAUAGCGGUAGCUCAAUCCCCGGCCGGUACAGAUAAUGUUGGCGCAUGCUGCCGUUUUCACUUUGAGCGAUUCGACGGACACGAUGAUCGACGACACUUUUCGCUGAUUUGCUCAUGUUCCAAGUGAAAAUUAGACGAAAAAAACACGGAAACGUGUAAUUUGUGUUGGGCGAUCCUUGAAAGUGAACCGUCGGAAAUCGGAACGAAAAGUUCGUGAGAAGAACCGGUUAGAGCAACGCGAUGAAACAUCGUACAGACGGUUCGAUUCGCGUGGUAAAAAUCGGACGAACGAUUCGAGUGGAAGAUCGGUCGAUGGAAAUCGAUUCGGAUCGCGGCCACGACGACGGUCGCCGUUUUCCGUCGACAAACGCCAGCAGCACGGUGGACGUUCGCGCGAUGUGUUGUUUGCUCGCGCGCGAAAACUCACCGCGGUGACCGUGCCGCGCCCCGCCGAACCUAUGAAUGUAACCGGCAUUGGAGUGGGGGGGGGACGUCACACGGAUUCGUCGCUCCGGUUCCCGCGGUCGCAUCGCGAACGGAUCUCGUCAGCAACGCGCACGUGCUCCCGCGGCCGAGGAGAUGUGUACGCGAGUUCGUCCAGCCAUCCGCCGCAUGAAAAAUGUACGAAUCAAUAACGUGUUGAAAGGGAAAAUAAUCCCUCUGCAUCACGUCAACGGGGAUGAAAACAUACAUAGGAGAAGCGUUCGAAACGGUCGCUCGACGAUAAGACCUAUUCGCGGACCUACUUUCGAACAAGACGAGUAGUGUUCACGCAUUUGAACGCGACGUCCGGAAAUCGAGUACGAGCCUAUUCAAAAGAGGGUUAUUUAUGCUUCGUACUGCGAACGUGUUCUACCACCGUUCGUCCUGAACUGAAAUCUGUUGUUCACGGAAUCCAUCGGAGAAAAGAACUUUGGUUAACCGGUGGUGAACGUAAGCUCAACAUAACGUGAACGAUAAAGUGUAGUGUGGAUCACAGAGAAAAGUUGCCGGGAACGAAGAGGGAAAUACCACAGCCGACAAUAAACAAUAACCAAGGUGGCGACAGAAGCGUACGUGAUGGCGCAUCGGACCGGGCCGAUAGCGAACAUCAAUCAUCGGUACCGCAGGAGCGGGAGCAGCGGCAGCGAAAACGACGAAGAAAUGGAGGAGGAGGAGGAAGAGGAGGACGAUAGUGGUUCGUCGUGUUCGUCGUGUUCGACGUUGGAAGCGGACGAGUUCGGGGACGCGGAGCCGGUGACGUGGCAGCGGAGGCGUCGGCAGCGGAGCGCGGGGUCCGGCGACACGGCCACGGCGGCGGCGGCCACGGCGUUCGAGCUGCUGGACGCGCGCCGCCUAUCGGACCUGUUGGACCCGGCGCGGUUGGUGACCGUGCUGGACGCGUGCCUCGGUUCCGAAUACGUGCGCGGCUGCGUGGUGGAGACGUGGGACGAGGUGCUCAGCGAUCAUCUGGACGCCAUCGCUCACCUGGUGCUGUACCAGACGCCCGAGCACGCCGUCAGCCAGGCCGUGUACGAGCAGCUGACGGAACUGUCCGCGAUGCUGCGGCCGUACCGACCCGUGGCGGCGGCGGCGGACGUCGGAGACCAGAUCCAGCGGCCGACCGCGGCCCGGGUGGACGCAAAUCGCGUGUACGGCACGCUCAGAUCGGCGGCCCGGUCGCUGCUGUCCACGCGGGUGGACGCGUGCUGCCGACAGAGCAUGUGCCGCGCGGUCGGGCUGGCCGUGGCCGCGCUGCGGGCCAACACGCGACCCGUCUUCUCGGUGGAGAACUUCUUGGUGGAGAUCAACGAGGCGGCCAACUUCGCGAACCUGUACUGCACGGGGUACGCGAAGCGCAUAUGCGCCGUGCUCAAGGACAUCUACGACGCCGUGAUGGCCGGCGAGUACCAUCCGACCAACGUGCUGAUCCAGAUGGCCGUCAUGGAAAAGAGCAUCGGGGCCGCGCUGCAGACGCUGGCCGACGCGCGGGCCACGGCCGCGCAGAAGACGGCAGCGCAGCGGUCGCUGCUGGCCGAGCUGGACGGCGUGUGCGCCACGGUGCGCAUGAAGAACCACGGGUGCCUGGACGACGGCGCCGCGGCCGCCGGGCACCGGGACGCUGCGGCCGCACUCCAGCCGGUCGCCGGGAUGUCGCGCGGCCGACACGUGCCCCCCCCGGACGUGAAAACUUUGUGGCCACGUAAAUGUAAAUACCGCGCGAUGUUUUUUUGGUUUUUUUUUUUUUUUAUAAAAAUUUCCUUUUUAUCUCGUCUGAACCACGCGCGCAAUUAUUACCUUAUUAUGCCGCCGUACAUUUUUCGAACGCGCGUACGUUUCAUCCCACUACCGUACCGUACGUAGUAUUCAUUUCAUUUAGAUUGCGAAUCUAAUCCAUUCCGACGAGAUCGCGUUUCAAUUUGCUUACAAUCCGCUUACGGUGGCAUAACGGUGUGUGUCGAACCAAUAUUAUUAACAAACGCUCUUCACGUUUGUCCUAUGUAUUUACGAAUAGAAACUAUUUUAAAAGUAUAUUGGUGUAUUUUAUAAUAUGAACUGUAAAAAGUAAUAAUCGUUUUGUUUGGCAGUAGUGGUUUGGUUCAAUAACUAUUAUAACAAUCAAAGUUGUACGUAAAAUGUUUACUCUAGCAAUUACUUGUAAAUGUAUUGAUUUUAUAUCAUUGAGACAUGAAGUACUAUCAAUCAACGGUAACUUCAAUCAAGUCAAUUUAUUUACAACUUAAACUUAAUUCGUUUAAUUUUAAUGUGUUGUAAAUAAUAACAUAUUGUACUUGCCUUCAACGUCCUCAUUGUAAAUGUAUUUGUAAAUAUUUGUGAUUGCUGAAUAAAAAAUUAUACGAAAAAUAUAAAA